CACCCACAACUCACCAUGGAAGCUCUCUCACGACGCGAAGAAGAAGAGGUCGAGGCCAAGGUCAAGACCGAGGCGCUCAAGGCAUGCGACGAGCUGGUUCGGGAAUUUGCUGACUGCGCGCGGGGACGGACAGUCACUAUCCCGUUCAUGUGCGGUGCGCCGCAUAAGGCGAUGAACGCGUGUAUCAAGGUGCACAUGACAGAGGAGCGCCUUGACGCCGCGAAGCUCGACUACAUCUCCAAUCGCUCUGAACGCGGGCGCGAGGCUGUCGAGAAACUCUACAGAGAGCGCCAGGAGAAGCUGUUGCGCAUGUCCGGACGCAAGGAGAACAACCCCAACUUCCCCGGCGGCGAACGGCAGGUGUAGACUAGGUGAAUUGAAGUACAAGUGUACCGAUACUGCAUGGCAUACCUCUCUAAGACCUAUG